AUGGAGAACGAAAGUAGCCCAUAUGCUGCUGCGAACUCGUCGAGCUCCUCGCGCAAGCCGCGAAAGGCCGGCAUCGGGGCCUUGCUUGCGCUCGUGCUCCUCGUCAACCUGGCUGCCAGCCUGUACCAGCUCCCCCUGAGCAGGGUCAUCGAGCGCCGCCUCUGUCGUGAGCACUAUUUGGUCACUGACCCAUCAGUCGUUGACCGAGAUGGCAACGUCGAAGAGCGCCUAUGCAAGGUUGACGGCGUCCAACAGGGUCUAGCUUGGAUACAGGGAACCAUGGAGACUGCAUGGAUUGUGGGUGAUUUCGUCAUGACCAUUCCCUUGGGCUUCCUAGCCGAACGCUAUGGGCGGCGCACCAUCCUCUGUGUCAACCUUGUCCCCCGCAUCGUCAUGUCGGCGUGGGCCGUCAUCGUGGGUUAUUUCGAGCAGACCUUACCCACGAAGGCCAUUGUGGCAUCACCCUUUCUGUCUGUACUGGGCGGCGACUGCGUUUUCAACUCAAUAACAUACGCGAUUGCAUCUGGCAUGACUGAUGAUCACGUCCAGCGGUGA